AUGGCGGAGCUUUAUUCGGAUCAGUUGAAAAUCCCUAAAACUGACCAUACGCUUUGGAGGUUGCGUUGUAGUGCAUUGGGCAGUGAACGAUGGGAGUACAUCACUGCAGAAGCAGCUAAGUCGGACCAACAAUCGCCAUAUGAGAAACAUCUUUUAGAAAGUCCCGGUUUUUUGGGCCCCAAGCCUCUGUCCAAGGGGAAACAAAAUACGGAGGAAUUGAGUGCUUUUGACGCUGCAUUACAAGGCGCUCGCUAUUUUUCUUUACUACAGGAUCCAGAUUCAGGGAUUUUCCCAUGCCAGUACAAGGGCCCAAUGUUUCUGACUAUAGGUUAUGUUGGAGUCUUGUACUGCGCUGGCAUUGCAGUGCCCGAGCCUGUUCGUAUCGAACUGGUGCGAUUCUUAGUGAACUCCGCGCAUCCUGUAGAUGGAGGAUGGGGACUCCACGAGGUAGAUAAAUCUACCGCUUUUGGCACAGCCAUCAAUUAUACGCUACUGAGACUUUUAGGACUUCCUGCCAGCCAUACCGUGUGUCAAAGAGCACGCCGGACGCUUCAUCGACUUGGUGGUGCCAUUGGUGUUCCGCACUGGGGUAAGUGUUGGCUCUCAAUCUUGAGUUUGUACAAGUGGGAGGGAGUAAAUCCAGCCCCACCUGAACUUUGGCUACUGCCUUAUGCGCUACCUAUCCAUCCUGGUAGAUGGUGGGUUCAUACCAGAGCCGUAUAUCAGGCGCUUGGUUAUCUAUCUGCCAUCAAGUAUUCAUGCACGCUAACUCCACUGCUCACGGAGAUCAGAGCGGAGCUUUAUCGUCAAGAUUUCGAAACUAUAGAUUUUAGCAAACACAGGAACACGGUGUGCAAUGUUGAUCUUUAUUACCCCCAUACUCGGUUUCUGAAUGCCGCCAAUACAGCACUGACAUUUUACGAAAGGUAUUUGAGACCAAACUGGCUUUUGAAAUACAGUACCGCGAAGACUUAUGAACUAAUCAAAAAAGAAAUACAAAACACCGAUUACCUGUGCAUAGCUCCUGUCAGUAUGGCCUUUUGUGCUCUUGUAGCAUUGAUAGAGGAGGGUCGCGAUUCAUAUCAGUUCCAACGUUUUGUUGAUGGAUUUAACGAGGUUUUAUUUAUGGGCCCAAAAGGAAUUACGGUCAUGGGUACAAAUGGUGCUCAAACUUGGGACUGUGCCUUUGCCAUCCAAUACUACUUUAUUGCAGGUCUGGCAGAGAGACCUGAGUUUAAGUCAACUAUCGAAAAUGCCUAUAAGUUUCUUUGUCGUAGUCAAUUCGAUACUGAGUGCGCUCCUGGAAGCUUCCGUGACAAAAGGAUAGGUGGGUGGCCAUUCUCCACGAAGACGCAAGGUUACACAGUGUCUGAUUGUACAGCAGAGGCUCUCAAAGCAAUCAUAAUGGUCAAGAAUUCUUCAGCUUACUCUCAUAUAAAAUACGAGAUAUCCGAUAAGAGGCUAGAAAACUCCAUCGAUGUCCUUCUGUCGCUCCAAAAUGUGGAUGCGUUCGAAUAUGGUUCCUUUGCAACCUACGAAAAGAUAAGAGCAACAACGGCAAUGGAAAAACUGAAUCCAGCUGAGGUGUUCGGUAACAUUAUGGUAGAAUUUCCUUACGUGGAGUGUACCGAUUCUUCCAUUUUGGGGCUCACCUACUACACUAAAUACUACUCCUAUCGUAAACAAGAAAUUCAGAAGGCUAUCGAAAUUGCUAUAAAAUACAUCAAGAGAGCUCAAAGGCCAGAUGGUAGCUGGUAUGGAUCUUGGGGUAUUUGCUUUACAUACGCUGGUAUGUUUGCUUUAGAAGCUUUCAGUACAGUUGGAGAAUCUUAUUCAAAUUCGGAGUAUGUUAGAAAAGCAUGCGGAUUCUUGGUCUCCAAACAGAGACCCGACGGUGGCUGGAGUGAGUCUAUGAAGUCGUCAGAACUCCAUUCAUAUGUGGAAGAUAAUCAUUCUCUAGUGGUUCAAACGUCUUGGGCGUUGAUCGGUUUGUUGCUCGCGGAAUUUCCGGAGAAAACUGUCAUCAAGAAAGGUGUUGAUUUUUUGAAGCAGAGACAAAAAGCUAAUGGAAAAUGGGAUUUUGAAGCACCAGAGGGCGUUUUCAACCAUUCCUGCGCAAUCGAAUACGCCAGCUAUCGAUUUCUUUUUCCUAUCAAAGCAUUAGGGCUAUAUGCCAUGAAAUACGAAAAAUAA